ACCGUGGCCAGUUCCGCGUAAAUGAAUUUCAGGUAGUGAAGUUUCGACCGUUUCACGGAGUUUUCUAAUAGAUUUCCCAAUAUUCUUACGACAAGAUAACUAAAUUUUCGGAAAAAUGGUGUUGUUAACAAUGAUUGCGAGGAUAGUAGAUGGUUUGCCGUUGGCGGCGACUAUGCAAGAAGACGAACAGGUUAGAAAUCUUGGCAGAAGCAUCUUAGAGUACCAAAAUCAGGCAAAGCUGUUAUUUAGAAAGUUGGGUCCACAGUCUCCAGCUAGAUGUACUAUAGAAACGGGCCAGUAUUUAUUCCACUACCUGAUUGAGAAUGAAGUAUGCUACUUGGUAUUAUGUGAAAGGAAUUACAGUAAACGUGUGGCUUACAGUUAUCUUGAAGAUAUUGCACAAGAAUUUAAUUCUUUAUAUGGUAGACGUGUCAACACAGUAACAAGGCCUUAUAGUUUUAUUGAAUUUAAUACUUACAUUCAGAAAGCAAAGAAAGUUUUUUUGGAUGGUAGGUCUAGAAGAAAUAUGAAUGCUCUGAAUACACAACUACAGGAUGUACAAAGAAUCAUGGUCCAAAACAUAGAUGAUGUCUUACAAAGGGGUACAGUUCUUUCAGAGCUCGAUACAAAGACACAAAAUUUGUCCAUGUUGUCGCAGAAGUACAAGAAGGAUGCAACUAUUUUAAAUAGCAAAUCAAUGUACGUGAAAGCUGUGGCUGGGUUGAUUGCAUUUCUGGUCUUCCUUUUGUAUUUCUUUGUUCUUUAG